AUGAUCUCCCAUAUCAGGAGCGAUCAGGCGAAAAUCGCCAAUUGGAUAUCCAUCAGCCUUGCCAUCUUCAUCCUGCUCGUGAGAUUCCUCUACGGACAGCACUAUCGAAAGUCUUCCUUCGACAUUACAACGGCUGUUAUUCUGCUUUCCCUCGCACUUCUUAUCGCAAGGCUCGUUGUUAGCCAUUUCGUACUGGAAUAUGGCACAGCAGACGACAUACUUCUGGAAGGAUAUACCAACUACAAAAGCCUCGAUCUUGACAAGAUCGAAGCAGGUACCAUCCUGUCACUGGUCUCAAGGCUACUUAUCACGACUGUCUACUGGCUUCAAUGCGUCCUAUUACUCCUUUUCUACACUCGAAUCUUAGGACACAUCCAUUGGGUCAAACUCUGCAUUCGAAUCACGUGGAUGGGGAUUGCGGCUUCCUACAUAGCCGUGAUCUUUGCCACAUUAUUAGAAUGCCGCCCAUUCAGACUAUACUGGCAGAUCCGACCUGAUCCUGGACUCUGUGCCCGCGCCUAUGUUCAGCUUUUCGUCCAAUGCAUUUGCAACAUCGUUAUCGACCUCUUCCUCCUCGCUAUAUCCUACCCUGUCCUCAGGACACAAGGCCACAAAUGGUCAGAGAAAGGCCGAAUCGCGCUUUUAUACGUUCUGGGUACCUUUUGCAUCAUCAUCACCUGUAUUCGUGUCGUCUAUAUCCAUGGCUCCAACUCUGCCCAGCCUUCCCGCAGCUUUUGGGCAUCCAUUCAAGCCGUCAUAUCCACGUUUGUCGCGAAUGUACCCAGCAUAUAUGGACAUUGGAAGCUCAGGAUCCGGAAAAGGACACAAAGUAGCAGUGGAAGGAGGAGAAAUACUCAACCAGAUACCUACGUUCUGAUGGACGAGCUGAACCGGCGUGGCUCACGGCCGAGAGGCGACUAUGAGGAAGACCCCGCAAGCAACAACACGAUGAGAUCGGAGUCAACUAAACAAGGCAAAAGAGAAGACGGCAGUUUUUGGAUAUCGGAGUCAGAAAUCCCUCGUCCGGCUGACAUUGGAAAAGACACAAAUCAGUGUUAA